AUGGCCAAAGAGGACUCCUCCGGAUCCUCCUCCGAGAGUGAGGAGGACAAGGAGUCGCUGGAUGACAAGCUGAAGCGCAUAACGAAGCUGGGCAAGGAGGGCAAUGUCGAAGGCUUGGUCAAGGAGGCGAAGUUGGCAGACUGCUCACCGGAGAUGGUCUCCUUUGCUUCCCGAAAAGCCAAGGACCUGGGUAACUUAGCGUUCCAGAAGAAAGAGUACGAGCAGGCGUUGGAGUACUAUGCGGGCGCCUUGCUCGGGGAUGUCCCCGAGAGGUACAAGAUUUACAGCAAUCGCUCUGCUUGCCAGUUCCAGCUGGGGAGAUACACAGAGGCUCUGGUGGAGGCCACCAAGGCCAUCAAGGAGAACAGAUCCUGGUCUAAGGGCUACUUCCGAGCAGGCCGUGCGGCUUUGGAGAUGGAGUACUACCAGGAAGCCUUGGAGAUGUUCGAGAAAGGCCUUGAGAAGGAGCCAAGCAACAAGGACUUGGUCACCUGGACACAAAAAGCCAGGGACAUCCGCAAUCAGCAGCAGCAGGAGAAGCUCGUGAAAAAACAUACCACCGACUACUCCAAGUUCGAUUCCCUGAUGCAGCAGCAGAAGGAGGAAGAGGACGAGGAGGAGGCCGCAAACGACCCGAAUAGGAUCAUCCUCGGAGACAAGUACUACUCGUCCUCGAAGAUGGAACAGCGGCAGCUGAAGGCCAUGCUUGGCUACAAGGAGCCUCCGCCGCCACCCUUCGAGCCGAAGUUUGACAUGGACGUCAUCUACAGGCAUGAUAACCGUGGCGCCAAAACGCAGCAUCCCAUCUGGGAUCCCACGACUCGUGAAUGGCGCAUCAAUGCCAAGCCGGCGCCUAGCCGGGUUGACUACAGCGACUCCCAGCAAGCACAGGCCAUCGCGCUGUUCUUGGAAAGGCAAUCCGAGGUCCAGCAUGCCGACGAGCUGUUGAAUCUCGUGGAUCAGCGUGCCUCCCCUGUGGAAGCCUAUGUUCAGGCGGUACGAGAUGUCGUGGGGCAGCUGAUGGGUGCCACAGACAAAGAUGGAAAACGACAGAAGCACAGUGUCCUCGGGAACGAUGCACGGUGGCUUUUCGUUGGCCUCGGGUCUGCCCUGCCACUGCUGACUGCGGCGAGGUAUCUGCCCGCCUCGGAGAUCGUCGCCAACACGGCGCACCGGGGGGCGUACAUCGCGGACCUCUACAUGACCAUCGCAAGGGAGAACGGCUUAAAGUCGCAGCAGGUGAAGUUCGUGCACCGGCCAUCUCACGAGCUUGCGGUCGUGGAUCCCGAUGGACCGGAUGAGAACAACUUGACUGGCCGAGUGGAUGUCGCGGUUCUUGACUACGAGCUCUUCGACCCGGGCUUGAUCGGCAAGGGCGUCUUGGCCAGGGUGAACCACGUGAAGAAGAAGCUGGUAACCUCCGAUCACAUGAUCCUCCCCAUGGGUGCACAGAUCCUGUGUGCACCCUGCGAAAUCGUGUGCCCUCGCGGGGAUGGACCAGAUGGCCUGGACUGGCAGGCAGGUGACGACUCCCGGUGGGGUGCCUUCUACGAGGCGGGUAACUUCGACGGGGCCCUCCGUGAGCCCUGGCGCAGCCUUGGGCUCCAAGCUCAGGGCUCCGAGAAACGGCUCGCCAAUGUGCUCUUAGCAGGGGCUUCGAUCUGCACCCCGCUGUUUCUGGCGGGCUGUGAUGAAGGAAGCAGCGGCGACGUCGACACCACCUUUUUGGCCACGACAACCUCAACCACCCUUGUAGAUGACAUCGACAGCACGAGCACGACAGGAGAGGUUGUGACGUCCGUGUCCACCACGCCCGGUCGCACGAGCACCCCGAGCCCGCCGAGCAUGCCACGUACACGAGCAGGCGAUGCACAAUUUCUGUUGCAUGCAUCCUUCGGACCAACGCGGGCAAGCCUCGACGCGCUCCAGUCCAAGGACUAUGAAUCUUGGAUCAGAGAUCAGAUGGCCUUGACACCGUCCCUCCUUCGGAGCCGAUACCGGCAGCGAGCGAACCCGGCUGCAACGGAAGAGAAGGAGCCGGGAGUGCCCCGCACGCCCUGCGAGCCAGGUUCGCGAUGGCAACAGGUCGCUGUGAGCUACGAGGACAUCGGCAAGAAAAUUGUCGUCGCCGCUGGGAAUCAGAUUUACGUUGCGGACGAGUUCCGGACGGACUUGGAUCCGGGCUACACGUUGAACGGCUUGAGCGCGCCGCGCUCCUGCAGCUCGGUUCCGAAGUCUAACUGGGCCAACUCGGGGAAGAGCUGCGGCACAGAGGUGAACAAAUGGAGGUGCCGGAACUCGGCCGCCUGGGUUGCUGAACUCCUCUGCCAGCAGGAGUGCUUCGAUGCUGGCUUCGGCUAUGACGGGGAUGACUGUUCGCAGGGCUGGCCCUCGCUGAACUUCCAGGGCUAUGUAUGCUCCGUGGAGCCUGCGGCGACCGUGGGCAGCCAGCUGAUUCUUUCCACGUCCCAGUGCGGCAGCGGCACCACAGUUGUGAUGUUGAACCCCGGGAUCCACGUGAGCGGCCUGUCCCAGACAUCCGCCGCCUUCUCCUCCGUGCGCCCCGGUGUCAUCGUUCUGGACGAGACGCCGGCUCCAUGUGAUUUUGGCGAUUUUAUCAAGGUCAACAACUUGGCCUACCGCUACGACUCCCGCCUGAAGUUGCUGGAUGUCCAGACUCCAUCACAGGAGACCUGCGUGGCUGUGCCCAAGACGGCGUUCAAUGCGGAACAGUGUGCAGUGCAGGCUGGCCGUGUGUGCAGCGUGGCCCAAGCGACCUCGGCCAGCCUCGUUUUGAACAGCAGCACCCUGGAGCUGAUCUCCGCACAGUCAGGCAGCUACGUGUACACGGUCUCCGGGCUGCGCACCUCCACUGGUCCCUGUGGAACCCUCUCCCGAUGGAAGCUGCUGGACUGCACGGCCGUGGACUGCACGGAGAGCUCCUUCGGCACCAGUGACAGGCAGCUUCUCGUGGAUGCGUUGGGGCAGCAACAAGGCGAAUACCGAGACAUCUUCGUCAGUUGUGCCAGCGUCGCGGCCAACUCGGUGAUUUCGCUGGGAGGGAUCGUUUUCCAGCACGUCUACUUACAUGAAGGAAAGGUCUACGACUUCUCAGCUUGGCUGAGUCAGCAUCCUGGUGGACGCAGUGCGAUCACACAGUGGGCAAACAGAGGCUACGAGCUCGUGUACCCAGCGAGCCAUGACAUGUCUCGUUUUGAAGCGGCGCUGGCCGACAAGAACAUUCAGUAUGUGGGUUCGCUCGGCGAGGAGAUCCGCUACUUGAGCCUUCCAACAUCUCUGCAGUCGGAGUCUUUGGCGCUGGCCCUCGCACCUCCGACCUCUUCGGAAGACCUCUCCCUUGCAUGCCCUUCUCCUGGUGAAGCGGCCAACCAACCUUCCCUUGGCAACAACAUGCCCUUCUUCAUGUUCUUCCCAAGCUUCAGCGAGGCCGAAGUCGACCUGGAGUUUGACCAUCCGAGCAAGGAGUUUGGCUGGUCGCGGUUUGCACGCACAAACGCCUGGAUGAAUCAGGCCAUGGAAGCCCCCGACCAGCUGCGGCAACGCGUUGCCUGGGCCUUGUCGCAGAUCUUGGUGACAGGAACGGGCGGCUUCACUUACUUCUAUCAGUUCGAGACCUGGGUCAACUACUAUGACAUCUUGGUGCGUGGGGCCUUCGGAAACUACCUGGAUUUGCUGCGGGAGGUCACGCUGAGUCCCCUCAUGGGAGAGUAUCUCUCCUUCUUCAGAAACUCGGCCUUUGACCAUGACCAGAAUUAUCCGGAUGAGAACUACGCGCGGGAGGUGAUGCAGCUGUUCACGGUGGGCACGGUGCAGCUCAACCCGGAUGGCUCCGAAGUUCUUGUCGGAGGCAAUCCUGUUCCGACCUACGACAACGAGGACAUCAUGACCUUCGCCAGCGUUCUAACCGGCUUUGACCGGCAGCUCAUGCGCAGCAACCUGGAAGUAGUCAAGGGCAGCGGAACCGGCAGGAAUCUCAUUGACCCGAUGCAAAUGAAGUCGGAGUGGCAUGAUGCCUACCCGAAGAUGGAUCUGGACGACAACUACCUGGGUGAUGGGUAUCCCCUGUGCGAGGAUCUGCCAAAGGGCGCUUUUCUUCUGAAGGGUGCACGCUUCGAAUUUCUGAGCAGCCAGUAUACCUCCAACGACCUCCUGACCGUCCAUUCCUCCUCAGCCUUGUACCAGGCUUUGUGUUCUGCCAGUGGUGGCAGCUGCAGUUUCCAGGCUGUGGUGGUCUUGUCACAGGACCUUUCCUGUCAUGCAGAGGAGUGCGACGCGACCAUCCCUUCCGUUGUCAAGGUUGGUUCGGCCUACUACGAGUUUGUGCCGCCGGCAUGCGUGCAUCUUUACUUUUACAACGGCAAGAUCGCCACAGAGGGGGGCGGGAGCCGGAACUGGCAGAGCCGAAUGCAGUGCACGAACCCAGCUGCAUUUGCUGGGGGUAGCUACUGCUGCGGUGGGUGCUCCAACAUCCGUCCGCCGAGUUGGGUACCAGACAAGUUUUGUGAGAAUCGCUCAAGCUCCACUUUCUCCAGCAACUGCAUCAACACCAACAAUUGGGUCAACAACAAGUACUGUGAGCUGCGCUGCUUUGAGGAGGGCUUGGGCUACGGAAGGGACUGCGCAGCAGGAGCAUACCGGGAGGCUCAUGCCUGCGGCUUCUACCAAGAGAAAGUGCCAUACGCCACAGCGGCCAAGUACUGCGGCGCUUUGGGGAUGCAGAUCUGUGACAGGCAGACGGAGCUGACCAGCUGUGGAUACAACGACGAUGGCUCACGGAUCUGGACAGAGACGAACUGCAGCAUCAACGUCUCUGUGGAUGAGACCGGUAAAGUCAGCUCCCAGAAGGAUGAGAGCACAAAGAUGAACAAGAUCCGGGUCAGCUGGACGGACAGCCGCCCCGAUGUGGCUGCCUGCCCUGCAGACUGCAGCAGCGGGGCCAACUCCUGUGUCUGCCCGAUCUCUGUGGAGCUUCAGCCGGUCUUCGACCGGAUCCCGAGUGUGCAAGAGCUGCAGCAGCUGAAAGUCGGGGCUUUCGCACCUUCCGGCGCCUGCUCAAGCUGUGGUGACGUGAAAGCAUAUCAUUCAGGUGUCAUCGACGAGGAGACGAUCUUCGAAUACCAAGGCAGAUGCUACAAGAACGUCGUGAGCCUCGUGCAUGUGGCGGGCAAAAGCUUCCGAAACCCUCCGCUCUUCGGCUUGACCGAGACCCCCAGCACACGGUCGGCGAUGUGGGAGGUCGAGAGCCUGCUUGAACACUUGGUGACUCACCCAAACACCGCUCCCUUCGUGUCGCUGCGCCUCAUCCAGCGCCUUGUGAGCUCGAAUCCAAGCAGCGACUACGUCCGAGACGUCAGCGAAGCCUUUCGGACCGGCCGCCAUGGAGACCAGGUCUUCUCGGGCCGGCACGGGGAUUUGGCAGCGGCCGUGCACGCGGUGCUCCUCCACCCGGAGGCCAGCUCCUCCAGUCAGACCCGAGGGGCCUUGCGGGAGCCGUUGAUCAAGCUGGUGCACUUCCUGCGAGCCACGGAGUUCGUGGAUGCCGGCGGACGUGAGCUGAUCUUCAAGGAGCUGCAAGACCUCAUUGGCCAGGCACCCUUCAUGUCGCCCUCGGUCUUCAACUUCUACCGCCCGGAUUUUCAGCCGAGUGGCCUAGACGGGCUCGUGGCGCCCGAGGCGCAGAUAUUUGAGGGAGCCAACGUGGUGAACUUCAUGAAUGGCAUGCUCUCCAUGAUCAAGCACGGAGGUGUGACUUACUGUGAUGGGGGUCUGGGUCUUUUGACGGAGACUUGCGGCCAAGGCCAAGGCUCCUUCACCAAGGCCUGGGGCUCUCAAAGCGAGGCAUUGGAGGAGCUGAAUCUGCUGCUCACUGGGGGCCGUCUUACGAACGAGUCUCAGCAGAUCGCCCAGGCGGCUUAUGAGAAGGAAGGGAUCCAGGCCGCGCAGGAGGCCAUCGUCUUAGCACCGGAGUUCAAUGCUUUGGGCGACCCGAUGCCAGAGGGAUCCCAGCGAGAUGCCAACGGGAAUGCCCCAAGCACGCACACCCCGGCAUCCUACAAGGCCUUGAUCAACUUGUAUCUCGGUGGAGGCGCAGACACCUUCAAUCUCGUGGUGCCCAUCGACUGCGACCUUCAUGCAGAGUACCAGGCGGUCAGAAAGACAGCCGCUAUGCCAAGCGCAAACCUAUUGGAGAUCAGCACCGUGGGACAAAGCUGCAGCAAGUUCGGCGUUCACCGGAAACUUCCCGUGCUGCAUUCUUUGUACCAGGAAGGGCGUGCUGCCUUCGUAAGCAACAUUGGUUCGCUGGUCGAGCCGAUGGACAAGAAUGAUUACUUCAAGGGCUCGAAGACCACCUGCGCCGGUCUCUUCUCCCACUCGGACCAAUCCGAGGCGGCUCAGACGCUCAAGUGCCAGGUUCGAGGCUCCGGCCCCAAGGGCGUCGGCGGCCGCAUGGCCGACUCUCUCAGUCAGACGCAGAACCUCCAGACCAUGAGCUUCUCCUUGAAGGGACGCCAGACAUGGGCCCAGGGAACCUACACCAGCCAAGUCGGGGUGCCCGUCACCGGGGAAGUGCCCACGCUCCUGAACUAUACGGGGAAGCGACAACUCCUGGAGGACCUCACGCAGCAGAAGCUCGGGAAUGUCUACUGCGAAGAGUAUGCGAAGAGCGCUGGGGCUCUCGUCGACUCCAACCAGGCGCUUUUCGACCAGCUUGCAAAUGUCACUCUGAUGACAUCCUGGGACAUUCCAAGUGGCGCCGAAGGGAAGAUGAUGAAGACGCUGCAGGCUGUGGCCAAGCUCAUUGUCACGCGAACCGAGCGCCAGGUAGAAAGAGACUUCUUCUAUGUGGAGAUGGGAGGCUUCGACACCCACAACGAAAUCCAUGAGGUCAUGGACGAAAACUUCGAUUACCUCAACAUUGCCUUGGAGGCCUUUGUAGCCGAGCUCAAGGCCCAAGGCAUUUUUGACGCCGUGACCAUGGUUUCUUCGUCUGACUUCGGACGUACUCUGACCUCCAACGGCAAGGGCACCGACCAUGGAUGGGCUGGAAACCACUUCGUCCUCGGAGGUGCCGUCCGUGGCGGUAAAGUCUUGAAUGACUAUCCUGCAAGCCUCUUGGAGGGCAACAACCAGGAUGUCGGUCGAGGCCGCCUGAUUCCCAAGUAUCCCUGGGAGAGUUUGCUCUUGCCGGUCUCGGAGUGGAUGGGAGUCAGCCCCGCAGACCAGCAGACCAUCUUUCCGCCCGUUCACGAGGUCUUCGAUUUCGACUUCACCGAGCAGGAAGUGAAGAUGAGUGGUCAGACGGAUCUGACUUUUGUCGCAAAGGAAGAUGGCGUGCUAAACUGCAUAGUCUUCUGGUACAAAAUGGCGCUGACGGCCGACGUCUCCUUAGAUCACACUCCCGAGCAGUUGAGGGAGAGUGCAGCUGUCCACGGUGACUACAAUCGGCACGCGUACCAAUGGUUGCCGACGCCUCUUCAGGUUUCCAAGGGUGACGAAAUCGACAUCCGAGCCUCAUACAGCCGCUCGCGCAUCCGCUUCGAGAUCAUGAACAAGGAGAUCCCCAAGAAGCCCAAGGGGGUUGGAUGUCCGCGCUGGCUUUUCCUACGGCUUUGGGACGAACAGCGUCUCGAAGCUUUCCGCAAAGCCAUCGAGAAGGCGCUCGAGAAAAUCAUGGAGGCUCGGGACGCUACGCCAAAACUGGACCGGCCCCCGCUGCGCAUCGUGCACAUGGGGGCAGGGCUCGGGCAGAUCUCCAUGCUGACGGCGAAAUGUGCCCGUGAGGCUGGGAUCACCGACGAGGAGAUUGAGACGCACGGCUACUCGGUCAUAGCGCUGGAGCAGAUGCCCAAAGUGGUGAAGCUCGCCCGGCGCCUUUUUCGCGACAAUGGUCUCGAUCGAGAUGUCUUCCUCUGCUCGGAGGACGUCCGAAAGCUGCCAAGUCAACCGCAGCGAGCGCAGCUGGUGGUCUGCGAACACUUUGAUCCCGGGCUGCUGGGUGAGGGCAUCCUGGUGCUUCUGAAUGCGGCCCGCAUCAAGAUGUGCAAUGCCUUCGAGCACCAGGUUAUCCCUAGCAGAGCGACCAUUUGGGCAGCCGCUUUCGAGUUCGGCGAGCAACUGAGGAGCUACGACGGGUUCGACCUGAGUGCUCUGAACCACUACCGGACGGGUCUGAUGACUGACGUGGACACGGCACUGGCUGACGGCAGCGCCCGGCAGCUGUCCAACGUCUUUGAGGUUUUCAAGUUUGACUUCGAGAAGAACCUCAUGCCAGAUGCCCAUUCCAUCACCUUCACGCCCAUCUCCACAGGAAAGGUCACCGCCAUUGUGUUCUGGUACGAGAUGCACAUGGACAUGGAAGGAGAUGUGAUCCUCACCAACUGGCCGGAAUCGAUCCCGCCUGCAGACUUCUCCAUGCUCGAGAAGGACCUGCACCGGGUGUCGCCCUUGCGACAGGCUGUCUGCAACUUCCAAGGCAGCUACAUCCAGGAGGUGGUCAAGGACGAGCCCAUAGAGAUCGACGUCGGCUACCAGCAGGCCUGGCCGCAGUUCAUCUGGCCAGGCACGGAGAUGGUGCAGAAGGAGAGCGGUGAGAGGAUACCGAAGCCUCCUCCGAUGCCCCGGCAUCGACUCUACUACGAGAAGAUGAAGACAGAAACCGAGAAACUGGAGCAACAGCUGCAGAGCGGGUUGAUGUACGAUGAAGCCCUGUGGUCGACCGUCCGAGUGAAGGGCGACGGCCGGGGAGAUGGUCACGCCCACGUCAUCGGCGAUGUGGGCACCGCCACAGCCGUAACCGUGUCGCAGGCCUCGCAGGCCCAGGACGCGGUGCAUGACCGUGGGCAUCAUGUCCACCAUGUCACGUACAUUGACGUUCCUCCAGAGCAUCUACACGAGCACGACGCGGUGCAUGACCGUGUGCAUCAUGUCCACCAUGUCACGUACAGUGACGUUCCUCCAGAGCAUCUACACGAGUACGCGACGUAUGCGGACAGGGCUCCGGGCGAAGCCAAGCCGGACUGGUCGCACGUGACCUUGUCACAGCAACACCUUGAUCCCUCCAAGGUCCCAGCCGAGUGGAUGGACGACUCCGGCAAGGACACGCAAAUCAUCCACGAUCACCAUAUCAUCUUCGACGAUUUGCCGGCGGUCCAUCAUGUGCAGCACGUCGUCCACUAUCACUACGACCAAGCACAGGCUCCUGCACCAAAGCACACGUGCGAUGGCCGGGAAGUGCAGUUUGAUGAUUGUCCAGACCAAACAAGGUGUGUCGCCUGCACGCCUGUGGACUGCCUCUUCACUGAGUGGAGCAGGUGGUAUGACGGCGCUGGCUGCAUAGGCCUCCGAUUCCGACACAGAAGCAUCCAGGUGCGGAACAACGAAUGCGGCUUGCCAUGCUAUGGGUCCAAGAUGGAAUCCGAGCCCUUGGCAGAGCCGAAGCCAGAAUGCUUGAAGAAGCAGCAGGACUGCGUGUUUUCCUCCUGGAGCCAGUGGAGCGUCUGCAAGAGCCAAGUGGACCAGGCGAUACGAGAACGGCACAUCGACCGAGAGCCACUUCACAACGGGGAGCCCUGCAAGGGCAGCAGCAAAGAGACGCGACCCUGUGGCGGUCCAGAGCCGAUGCCCUGCGUCUUGUCGGAUUGGCACGAGUGGACACCUUGCAGUGCGACUUGCGGUGAGGGUCGACACACCCGCAUGCGGCGAGUGAAAAACGAGGACUAUUUGAGCGGCCAGACCUGCGACGAUGCCCUGAUGGAGACCAAGGAAUGCUCAGUUUCGUCCUGCCCCUCGCAGGACUGCUCCAUUAGCACGUGGUCCGAGUGGUCACCAUGCGGCCGCCAAUCCCUCCAGAAAACGAGGAACCGUGUGGUGCUGGUCAGCCCCGAGGGCGCAGGUAUGGCAUGCAAUGUCUCGCUCAUGGAGGCCGACGCUUGUGCCCCGCAGGCAGGCGAAGACUGCAUCGUCUCUGAGUGGUCAGCAUGGACUCACUGCGACAAGUCCUGCCAUGGGGGGCAAACCUACCGCCACCGGAGACUGAUGCGCUACAACAGCUUCGGGGGCGCUUGCCCCACAAGCUCCUUGAAGGAAGUUGCGCCCUGCAACACCCAAGCCUGCGUUCCCGUCACGAGGGACUGCGUCUUCGGCGACUGGGGCAAUUGGAGCACGUGCUCCCAGGAGACGGGCCAAGGCUUCUCCAAGAGGCUCCGGAGCCUGGAGCCGGCCACGGGCGACGGCAAGGCCUGCAAUGGAAGCACCGUCGAGCUGAAGGCUUGCCAGAUCAAGCCUCAGGAGGUUGUCGACUGCAAGUGGGGGAGCUGGUUGGACUGGAGCGACUGCACCAAGACCUGUGGAGGAGGCUCCAUGCGCCGGAGCCGGGCCGUGGAAGCGGCGCCGCGGAACGGUGGCCUGCCCUGCCAGGCCGAGGAUAAAGAGGAAGUGACUUUCUGCAGCACCAUGCCGUGCAGCGGCGAGUGCAUCGAUGGCACCUGGAGCUCGUGGGCGGACUGGGGCGAGUGCAGCGCCUACUGCGGCAGCGGCUUCCAGAAGCGGCGCCGUAGCCUCGCGACGCUGCCCACGGCUUGCGGGGCCAUGCCGGAAGGGCACCGCGAGGACUACCGCCUCUGCGACCCGGCCUUGCCGGCCUGCGAGCAGGACCAAAACUGCCGCCUCUCCUUGUGGAGUACCUGGUCGGAGUGCUCCAAAGACUGUCACGGAGUCCGCGAGAGGGUCCGCCACAUCACCAUGUUCGCCCGCGGGAACGGAGUUCCCUGUGUUAACGAAAGCCUCAAGGACAUCGAGGACUGCAAUCCGCUGCUGGGCGGCGCAGCACCUGCUGCCUGCGGCACGGCACCGCUGCAGGACUGCGUUCUCCAGGACUGGUCCGAGUGGUCAGAUUGCUCCGUGACCUGUGGUGGCGGCGAACAGCUCCGCAAGCGCACGGUCUUGCAGGCCUCCUCGAACGGCGGCAGGCCGUGCAAUGGCACCCUGACCCUCGUCCAGGGCUGCAGCAGCACUCCUUGCCACGUCCAUGUGGCCAAGGAUUGCAAGUGGGGAGACUGGUCGGACUGGGGAGACUGCACUCACUGUGGCGGGCAGCGCACUCGGCACCGCGUCAUUGAGCAGCUCCCGACGCUGCACGGCAAGCUGUGCGAUGAGGAGGAGGCCAAGGAGGUGUCGAACUGCACCAGCUACUGCCAUGAUCGGAAGUAUUGCGUGUGGUCUGAGUGGAGUGGGCGGGAAUGUGCUCCGACAUGUGGAGUGUCCACGACUAUGCGAAACCGAGUUCUGAAACUCGUGGACGUCGCGGAUGCGGAGGACUAUCUCUUUGUGGGCGACAAACAUUCCGGCUGCCUCGGCUCGCAGCUGGACGUGGCAACCUGUCCCAGCUCCAGCCAAGACUGCACGGAGUGCGUGCCCGUGGACUGUGCCUUUGGACCCUGGAGUGAGUGGAAUGAGCCAACCUGUGUCGGGCUCUGCGAGCGCCAAAGGGUUGUGAAGCAGAUGAGCAACGAGUGUGGCUCUCCUUGCAGCGGUGCUUUGCAAGAGACGAAGCAUUGUCAGUCCAAUUCCUGCGACGCGCCCCAGGACUGCGAGGUCUCAGACUGGACCGAGUGGAGCCACUGCAGCAAUGCCACGGGACAUAUGGGCGGACAGAGGUAUCGCCGACGGGACGUCCUCCAAGAUCCAAAGCGCGGCGGCCUUGCAUGCUAUGGAGACCUGGGGCAGACCAAGGCCUGCAAAGGAGAGCUACCGGAGCCUUGUGUGAUGGAUCAGUGGCAAAGCUGGGGUGAUUGUAGCACAACGUGUGGCGAAGGUUUCCGAAGUCGGGAAAGGACGAUCAAGCGCUUGGCUGAUGAUGGAGGAACGCAAUGCAAUGGACGCUUAUCGGAGGUGAAAGAGUGUCACGCAGGCUUUUGGGAGGAUUGUGGUUUGGGGAGCGAACAGGACUGCGAGUUCGAUGCUUGGAAUGAGUGGAGCGAUUGCAGCUUUUCGAUGCAACGGGAGCGGUCGAGGGACUUCAAGAAGCGAGCGCUGUUGGGUGGGCUACCUUGCAUGGGCCCAAUGCACGAGCUCGAGACUUGCCACCACGACCCUGUCGACUGCACCGUUUCGGACUGGACUGAUUGGGAUAAUUGUGAUCGCACCUGUGGCUCGGCGCAUAAGCGGCGUCAGCGGGAGAUUCUGACUUUCCCCAUGCACGGAGGAAACUUCUGUCCCAGCGAUCUCGUUGAGAUGAAAGCUUGCGAUUUGGCAAACUGCGAUCUGAAGGAUUGUAAGGUUUCAGGCUGGCUCGAGUGGGGUGCCUGCUCUGCGUCCUGUGGCCCCGGUCAGCAAAGCCGCGUUCGUGCGGUGAUCAACCUCCGGGAACCUGGUGGCUUCGGCUGUUUCUUCUCCAUUGCCGAGAACCAGGCCUGCCAGGGCAGCGAUGCAAAUUGUGCCUCAGACUGUCAAUGGGAGAACUGGGAUGAUUGGUCGGAUUGCAGCCAAUCCUGCGGCGGGGGCCACAUGAAGCGCGAACGCAAGAUCAAGACCAUGCCUUCUGAAGGAGGCAAGGCGUGCGACAACAAGGACAUGACGGAAAUGCUGCCUUGCAACGUGGGCGCCUGCCAUGAGCAUUGCGUCGACGGCGCCUGGGCCGUCUGGGAGCAAUGGUCUCCCUGUAGCCGCACAUGUGGAGGAGGUGUGACCUUCCGACGCCGGGAGGUGAAGCAAAUGGCCAACAGCUGCGGCCAUCCGGCCAUCGGCCACGACAAGGAGACGAAGUUCUGCAACGUCGACGUGCACUGUCAGAAAGACAAGGACUGCCUCUACACUGGCUGGAGUAGCUGGAACGAGUGCUCCAGCAGCUGCACAGGCAUUCGAUUCCGGCGGCGAAGCAUCGCCGCCUAUGGCCACGGCGACGGCCUCUUCUGUCAGGGCGCGUUGCAGGAGGUCUCCAUGUGCAACCCCGCGGAGGGCGAGGCGGCCCCAAACGGCUGCACUGAAGGGCCGAAGGUGGACUGCGUGCUCAGCGCCUGGAGCGGCUGGGAGGCCUGCAGCGCCACUUGCGACGGCGGCGAACAGAGGCGCCACCGAUACGUCACCCAGCAUCCCCACCACGGUGGCCUUGCGUGCAAAGGCACGCUCGUGGAUGUCCGGGAAUGUGGUCGUGACCACUGCCACAAUGGUGGCCAUCCGUUGGAUUGUGUUUACGGGCAGUGGAAGGAGUGGGCAGCCUGUGGACAAUGUGACGGUGAGAGAAAGCGAGUCAGGGAGAUUCUGGUUUACCCGGCAAAGGGCGGCAGAGAAUGUGUCCCGGCGGCCAUGGAGGAAGUGGGCGCUUGCCCCAACCCCUGUGCUUCAGAGCUUGCCUGCUCCUGGCAAACUUGGUCCAAGUGGAGCUCUUGCUCUGCAACCUGUGGGACCGGUGGAAAGAGACACCGCGUUAGAGAGCUGAUCAAGGUCACGCGGCCCGUGAACAGCGGGCUUGCGGGUAAACCGCACCGGGACCUCAUCCAGAAGUACCGGACGCUGUACGACCGCACACGCAGCCUGGAGGAGGGCCAGAUGAAGGAGAUAGGCCUUGCCUUCCUCGCGGGCUUUCUGGCGCUUUCAGCCGUCGGAACCUUCGUGCAGCGGCUGCGGCGGCCUGUGGUCGGCCAGGUCACGCUGGUCGACACCGAGCAGGCCCUUGCCGGUGACGAGGCCUCCGAUGUGGAGGAAGAGAUGCUGGGUGAUGGCUAUGCCGCGGCGGAGCGCAUUGCACUGGAGCCCAACGGCAACCCCAACUAUCUGAUCGACCCGAAUAAUGCCAACUUCUUCCACAUGAUGUUCUUCUUGUGA